CGCCCGGCGUCUGCCUACCGCCGCCCCUUCCUCGCUCAGAGGCCGGAGCUCCGCAGACGGGAGGCGGCAACCGGGGCAGCAUGACGGGGCUACGGGACUGCAAGGCCUGGCAGGACGCAGGACUUUUCCUUUCAACCACCAGUAAUGAGGCUUGUAAACUUUUUGAUGCUGCGUUGACUCAGUAUGUGACUUGGACGAAUGACCAAAGUCUCGGGGGCCUUGAAGGAACCUUUUCAAAAAUACAGGCUGCAGAUCCUAACUUUGUCAUGGGCAAUGUGAUUGCCAACGGUUUGGUCCUGAUCGGUACUGGGACUUCGGUGCGGCUGGACAAGAAACUGGAUGAUGCCAUCAAGACCAUGUGUCACUUUCACACUCUCAGUCCUUGAGUAGCGGAGAAAAUGCACGUGUCUGCCCUGGAGCUCUUCGCUCGUGGGCAAAUCAACCAAGCCUGUGAUACGUGGGAAGAAAUCCUAGAGAGCAAUCCAACUGACAUGCUGGCCCUAAAAUUUGCCCAUGAUGGCUAUUUUUAUUUGGGAUCUCAGGCUCAAAUGAGAGACUCAAUUGCCCGAGUUUAUCCUUAUUGGACUCCAGAUAUUCCUCUUAGCAGCUACAUUAAAGGCAUGUACGCCUUCGGUUUGGUCGAAACCAAUUUCUAUGACCGUGGUGAGAAGCUGGCCUAUGAGGCUUUAGCCAUCAAUCAGAGAGACGCUUGGUCUGUCCACGCUUUGGCUCACGUGAACGAAAUGAAAGCGGAUUUAAAGAGUGGGCUGGCAUUCAUGAAGCAAACGGAAAACAACUGGAAGGACAGUGAUAUGCUUGCUUGCCACAAUUACUGGCAUUGGGCUUUAUACUUUAUUGAAAAGGGUGAUUAUGAGGCUGCUUUGACAAUUUAUGAUGCCCACAUUGCUCCUAGCUUACAGAAGAGUGGGACCAUGUUGGAUGUCGUUGACAACAGUUCCAUGUUAUAUAGGCUUGAAUUAGAAGGGGUGAAUGUGGGUAAGAGGUGGAAAGCAAUAAACCAGAUGACGAAGAAACAUGCACAGGACCACAUCUUGAUCUUCAACGACGCCCACAUUCUGAUGGCCUCCUUAGGUGCUCAGGAUCAAAAAACAUCCAAUGAGCUUCUCACCACUUUACAGGACCUGGUCCAGACUCCUACAGAAGAUCACGAGCUGAGCCUGGUUCCAACGUUGGGAAUGCCCCUUCUACAAGCCUUUGUGGCGUUUGACCAAGGACAUUACGAUAAGGCAGUGGAACUGCUGUACCCCAUUCGAUAUCAGGUUGUUAAAAUAGGAGGGAGCGAUGCCCAGAGAGAUCUUUUUGCCCAGUUGCUGAUUCAGGCUGCUUUAAAAUGUAAAUCUAAAGCCAACCAAAGACUUGCUAGAUGCCUCCUUAUAGAACGUGAUGAAUUCAGACCAAACUCGCCAUUAACCGAACGACUGAUGAGGAAAACAGUAGGCCUUCAUGCCUUGGGCUAAACCCAACAUCAUAUAAAGAGUCAAUGAGAUUGUUGUUGUCCGGACUUACAUAAAUCCAAGGAAUUUAUGCGGUUCUUCGGAAAACAGUAUCUGGAAAGAUUUAUCCUUGCUGAGUUUUGACCCAUCUCGGUCUUGUCCUAUUUACUGUAUUUUUUGGAGUGUAAGACGCACCGGACUAUAAGAUGCACCUACCUUUUUUGGUGAGGAAAAGAAGAAAAAGAAAUCUCCCUCUGCCUCUUCCUCUUAGCAAUUUUGCCUCGUUGCAGCAAACAGCCUGCUUUACUUUCAUUUUCGUUUUUAGCAUAGCUUGAUUAGCACAAGGGGAAAAAAAAUCUGCUGCAAGGAAGAAGCAAUUUUCUUCCUUGCAGCAAAGCGGCAGAGCCCUGCCUAAGACAGCUGAGAGCAAAACAGCUGAGAGUCGGGAGGCUGAUCCAAUCAACUUGUGCUAAUUAGGCUGUGCUGAAGCUGAAAGGAGCUGUUUUUUCUUGCGGUUUGCUGCAAGGAGGUAACUGCUGGGAGGCAGAGGCCAAAGGGUGGGGGCCAGUGGGUGGACGGGGCUACAUUCAAAUUUUCACUCCCUUUUAGGGGAGGAAAAGAUGCGUCUUAUACUAUUGAAAAGUACGGUAGUUCUUUGAAUCCUAGCUGCUUCCAUGCAUCUCUACAGAAGCAAAAGGUAGCCAGAUAUAGAAGGUUGUCUGCUUAUGGUCUGUUGGCAACGCUAAUUUACAAAUAACUAUUUUUAAAAAAUCAAUGGGGUAUAAUUAAAAGCUUUUGGGCUGCAGAACUAUCAAAUAAACAUUUGGUUAUUCAGAAA